AUGCCAUCAUCGAAACAGGCAGAUUAUGAUGUGGAAAAGAUUCUUUCGAAGAGAACGAAUAACAAAGGACAAGUUUAUUACUUAAUCAAAUGGAAAGGUUAUUCAUCGAAGGACAAUACAUGGGAACCAGAAACUAAUGUUGAUAAUUGUCAGAAUCUCAUUCAAGAAUUCGAAUCUCGUCAAAGUGUGAGACCGACUCGUUCGACUUUGUCGUCAGCAUCAACAAAAGCAUGUCAAAAAUAUGAUAAUCACAGCAAUAGCUCUUCAAAACGAUCACUGAGUGUUGAUGAAAAUACCAGUGAGGAUGAAGAUGAUAGUGAUAAGAAUUUCAUCACCAAAGCAAGAAUCCAAUCACGAACAUCAAACAAAAAGUUACGUAAAUGUUCAUCAAAAACAACCGACUCGGUUAUAUCAGUGUAUAAAACUGACAUUGAUAUUCUCGAUAUUUUCAAGCUGGAUGAAAUACUAGAUGUGCGCCGAAAUAGUAAAGAUGAUUCGAUUGAAUAUGAGAUUCUACUCAAGCAAAAAGAUAAGAAAUCAAUGUGGGUUAAUGUUGAUCGAUUGAAAGAUGAUUAUUCACAAGAAAUCAUCGAUUUUCUCCAAGACAAAUUCGUUUAA